AUGAGAUUCAGAACCAUCAAAGGUUCUACUGAAAUCAUAGCGGUUUCAUGGUCUGUUUAUUUUGUUAUAGAGGACAACCCACAUUCAGGUUUCAGUUUACAGAGGUAUAAAGUUGAUGAUUGUUGUAAACGGUCUGCUGAUUCUAAACAAUUGGAGAAAGAAUUUCAAACUGAGAAGUCUUUAUCUGAUGUGUGGAGAACUAUCUUAGAACUCCGGGAUUCUUUAGCUUCAAAGAAAGUCGAUAUGACCUUGCUGAUAGUUCAGCUAAGGCUUUAUGCUGCUUUAUAUCGACAAGUUCUGUGGGAUAAGAAACUAAAGACUAUUGUGAACAAUGAGAGUGAAGAGAUCAUUCGCAUGUUGAAUACCGAAUGCAAUGAAAUAGAAGAGAAUCCUUCCUUGGAAUCGCCGGAAUUCAACACAACGCCUUCUACAUGCACCGCGCUUUGUUGGUGGUGGAGGCGAACGGUGUCUUCAUGGUGUUAAAGGAAGACAACAUGUGAAAUUUGUUUACGAGUCCAUGUUUCUUUCCCUGAAACAAUGGAAUCUAUACAGAAGCAAAAGCGAUUAAGGAAAGGAAUAAAAUGGUGCUAUACCUGCCAUAUUAGAAUGAAGUAGGGUGAUGGAUGAGCGCACGAUAUCAUGGUGUGUUAUAAUGCGAGCUCUUGUCUCGU